UAAGUUGCGCCAAAACAGCCCCCUCAGCUCUUAUCGCAAAAGCUACGUACGCCGCCUUUCAACUCUGAUAUUUCCAUCGUUUCCGUUUCUAGAGAGCUUCAGUGGCAAAAAAACACAGCCAGUCUCCAGCUACGUCGUCACGUCGCCAUGUCGCUGGCAAAGAGGAACAAUGGUUGUCUCGAGUGCCGCACGCGCCGAGUGCGCUGCGAUAAGACAGAGCCCGAAUGCUUCAAGUGCUGCAAAAAGGGGAUAAAAUGCUCUGGCCAAGGCAUCGAGUGUCGGUUCAGCUCCCACAUGAAGAAUGGCAACUCGCCGCGCAUCUCACAGGCUGCAAAUCGUGCUGCCGGUAAUGCUGCCAAAGCUGCUCCCCGAGCACCAAAUCGUUACCGAUGGGUCACUGUAACCAGCAAGCAGUCAGGAUCCUCUCCAGAUGCUACGAAACUGUCUUCUCACCGCGGUUCCACCUCUCCACCAAAAGUGUCAAAUGCGCAGCCAAUAGUUGGGCCUGUUCCCCCAGAUAAACCUCCAUCUGAUACGGAUUCUCCAGAUGGAAGUUUAGAUGACGACGUGGAAGAGCUUGGACCGAGAGACAUGCAACUUGCUCACCCGCAACGCCCCAUUCAAGCCGUCUCUCCCCAGGCCAGAUUGUUCUUCAACCAUUUCUCGGAAUUCAUCGCGCCGAAAAUGGUGGUGUUUGAUUUCAAGGGCAACGGUUAUCGCGACAUCCUGCUUCCUCUCGCUUGUGAAGAUGAACUAGUCGGACAGGCCAUCUCCGUUAUCGCUGCCUUUCAUCUAUCACAAAGGGCACCGCAUAUGCGAAUGGCGGCCGAGGUAGGCCAGCAUGCGAUUUUAUCGAAGCUCUUUCGCGAUUCGCUCCAAUUAGAACCAAGAAGGCUGUUUAGUCUAUCAACCUGGGCGACCAUCCUUGUGUUGCUAGUGGGGGAAACAAUCACAGGUGCCAACAAUUAUAUACAUCUGCUAGAGAUUCUCUCAAACUUGGCACAAUCAUCCGAUGCCGUGCAGUCUUUGUCGGUAACUACAAGGGGGUUCAUCAGGGAACAAACACGGAUGUUCGAAUUGUUCGGCUUUCCGUUAUCUAGUGAAACCAAAGGACUGCAAACCUUGUCGAAACAGCCCGACUACUACUUAGACUUCAUGUCUUCGUAUCCAUCGCUCAGCAAAGAUCCACAGCAGUAUGCGAAUGUCGCUGUAAUGAAAGAGGCUAUCCGGCAAGCCUGCGAUCUAUAUCGUAAUCGUGCUCUGCAUCUCAUAUCAAAAGAAGAGUCCAUUCGAUCUGUAGAGCGGCUUCGAGAGACAGUUCUCGAUCUUGAACCAAGCGUCGAUGGUUGUCACGCUCUAGUCUGGACGUAUUUUGUCGCUGCCGCGGAAAGUACCUUACCAGAGCACCGAGCCUUCUUUUCUCAACGACUGCAAAGUCUCUACAGCUGCACGGAGUUUGGCACUAUUCCCAUCGCAGUCCAAAGCCUCGAACACAUAUGGGCAAACUCAGAUUCUCAAAGAUGGACCGAAGUCGUCACACGUCAACGCCCAAUCCUAAUCAUGUAAAAGCUGAUGACGCUGUGAAUGAAUUUAUUCUUCGCUUGUCUAUCAUACAGUUUCAUCUCUUUUUUUUCUCUUUCUUUCUUUUUUUCUUUUGUGUCUUUGAGAUAUCCCUUAAGACCAGCUUCUCACAGCUUGGCUCGGCCGGCGAAAUCGGCUCGCACAGUAAUAGCAGCGCGGGUUCCCUCUUCGAUGGCGCCGUCGAUGAAGCUACGCCAUCCCAAGGCCCAGUCAGAG